AUGCUGUGCCAUGGGCUGCCACAAAUCUGGGCGUUGAGCAGCUCGCCAUACGAGGCCCAGCACAGCAGCAGAAGUACCUACAACGUGAGCUUCACUGUACAUACCUUGCGUCAUUUGUGUGAGGAGCGAGAGAUGCGUAUCUACGUCCGUAUCACGACGCCACCAAAGCCAGGCCCACAGGACGACAAACAAGAUCAGACCCCAUCGAAUGAGCCAGAACACCAGCUGGAUCGUGCUGCGUACCGUGCGGAACACCAGUCGUACUGA